GUAUCGGCCCAUCCCUAGGCAUUAAACACCUACUCACAGUUUACAUAUAGUUUAGACAAAUAUAUUUCAUGGUUAUAUUUAGUGGGAAAAAUAGUAUAUAUUUUACAAAAAAACAAAUAGCACCUGGUAUAAUAGUAUAGGUAAACGAUGCAGCCGGGGCAUUACUGCAUUAGGAAGUAUUAAAUAACUCCAGUCCCCACUUCAAUGGCGAUAAAAAGUGGAAAAGAUGGAAAAAAAGUGGGUGCAUAAAGAGGAGAGUUUGACCUACAGAAAACCGCUUUCCUUAAGGUUUCGACACUGACAUUGUGUACCUAUUUAAUAGGUACCAAUGUUGUAUCAUGAUCAUUGAUCAAGUAUUCAAGUGCACUUAUUCAGUAUACUCUUUUACACUUAUUUAGUCAUGAAAAUUAAUCUUAAAAUAUUCGUAUUUGUUCUAUUAUUUACAACAUCAAUAUUUGCACAGUUAUACCAGUCAAAUUAUGGCCCGUAUCAGCAGCAAGGAAUUCCUUUCAGGGAAAACAAUUUUUUAGGUACACGGCCUAUAUUGCGUGAGUAUGAUUUUAUUGUCGUUGGAGCUGGCACUGGAGGCUGUGUUGUCGCAAAUCGUUUAUCUGAAAAUCCAAAUUGGUCAGUACUAGUACUAGAAGCAGGAAAAGACGAAACCGUGUACACCGAUGUACCGGCAGUAGCAUCGUUUUUAGAAUCAUCGGAGUACAGUUGGGGAUACAUCGCAGAGCCAGUUAAAAAUGGAUGUUUUGGUUUUAAAAAUAAUCGCUGUCCUUGGCCAAAAGGAAAAGGCAUGGGUGGAUCAUCGAUAAUAAAUGACAUGUAUUACCAGAGAGGGAAAAGAGAAGAUUAUGAUAUAAUUGCAGGGCUGGGAAAUGAUGGCUGGGCUUACAGUGAUGUAUUGCCUUAUUUUUUGAAAUCUGAAAACAAUUCUAUACCAGAAUAUCAAAAUUCACCGUUUCAUUCACAAAAAGGAAAUCUACAUGUCGAACGCGUUAGAUAUCAUUCACCGCUCGUUGAUAAAUUUAUAGAAGCCGGUGGCGAAUUAGGAUUAAAAGUAAAUAUCGAUUAUACAGUUAACCCAGAGUAUGGAGCAUCGCGUUUACAAGCCACAACAAUAAAUGGACGCAGAGUGAGUGCGUCUAAAGCCUUUGUCCGUCCAGUCAAAGAUCGUCAAAAUCUUCAUGUGGCAAUAUUCAGUCAAGUAACAAAAAUACUUAUUAAUCCAAAAACCAAAUUAGCAACCGGAGUAGAAUUCAUAAAAAGAGACAAAAAUAGAACAGUAUAUGCUAAAAAAGAGAUUAUUUUGGCUGCUGGGCCAAUAAAUUCACCUCAAUUGUUAAUGUUAUCAGGAAUUGGACCAAAAGACCACUUAAAAAAUCAUAGAAUACCUGUAAUUCAAGAUUUACAGGUGGGACAGCAUUUACAAGAUCACUAUGGAACAGUUGCUUUAGAAUUCAUAGUAAAUCAAACAAGCCCAGUAAUCAAUCAACAAUCCAUAUCUGAUCCUCGUUUAUUUGAAGAAUGGUUUAAGUAUGGCCAAGGACCACUUACAGUACCACGGGGAGUGGACGGCUUAGCUUAUGUAAGGGCACCAUCAGGUAGAGGACUUGAAUUAAUUUUUGGUCCUCUGUCAGAUAAACCAAACGUAUUUAUAAUGGCUACUGUGUUGUUACAACCAGACGCUCGCGGAAGCGUAACUUUGAAAAACAGUAACCCACUGAAUCCACCCAUUAUGUCUUAUAAUUAUUAUGACAGCAAUACUGAUCUAGAAGACAAUAUUUAUGCGCUUAAAUAUGCAGUGAAGUUAGUAGAGGAAACACAGGCGUUUAAAGAUGUCGCCGCUAAACUGGAUCCUGUACCAUAUCCGAAAUGUGAUCGUUUAUCAUUUCGAUCCGAUGAUUAUUGGGCUUGUUUAUCAAAACAUUUGACGCACACUUAUCAUCACCAAUGCGGUACAUGCCGGAUGGGAGACGUCGUCAACAAUAAAUUACAAGUAUUUGGAGUUCGAGGGCUAAGAGUAGUGGACUCAUCAAUAUUUCCACAUAUACCCCACGCACAUCUUUAUGCCCCGACUUUAAUGGUUGGUGAAAAGGGAGCCGAUAUGAUUCGAAGUCAUUGGUCAAAGUGAUUUAUGAAUCAUAUUGUUUAAAAUAUUUAUUAAAUUAUAAUAAAAUGUAAUGAAUUACAUACAUUUUUCUCAUCAUGUAUAAACUUAAAAAAAUCAAACUUGAACUAUUAAAGUUUUAUCUCUUCUAAAAUGUGCAUUUGAGUGUUUUACGUUUUUACCUACUUUCAAAUGUAAUAAAUAAUAUUAUAUAAUUAAAAAUCAUCCAUGUAACCGGAAUAGUAAUUCUCUGUUAUUGUUUUAAACAUUAAAAGUAUUUAACAUAGGAGUACAGGACUGACAUUCAUUACCUAUCGAGUUUAAUAAAUUUGGAAUCUUGUUUAGUUGUAUAGUAGCUAUAUCUAUUACAUGUUUAUUUUUUUCAGAAAAUAGGGCUAAUUUGGAAUGAUACAAUAGCAGUCAAUUAUUUUGGAUCAAUUUAAGUUUUUAUUUAUUUAUUAUUUUUACCUCAAAUUAAAUAAUUUAGAAUUGAGUGUUUUUUUUUCAAAUGUUGAGUAUUCUCGAUAAUAGUUUUUCUUAAUUUUAUUGACACCUCAAAAUUAAUAAUCUUUGAAGUUAAACAUACACAAUGUAAAUCCAGUGUGUUG